AUGGGGGACAACAUCAAGAAGGAGGCCAGCGAUGCCCAUCUGCCGACGGACCAGGAAUUCAUCACCAUCUCCCACGGUUCCAGAACCCGCGUGAUCCCGAAGCCAGCCAAAUACGCCAUGCUGGACAGAGCCAUUCGCGACCAUUUCUACAUCCCCGAUGACAAGAGAAUCAGAAUCUAUUUCAUUCCUAACUGGAUGCAGAAGGAAGUCGAGCUUGACUUGAACUGCUUCUGCCUAGUCGCCAGUCAUGACUCUCUUCGUGUCGAUGUCGCGCAGACCGUUCUAGUCCGGGUUAAGGAUGUCGGAAUGGAGCACACCUAUCUCAUCGACAACUGGUGCCCGCUGGGGAAGGUGCUUGAGAAGUUUCGCCCCCGAAACGUUGCGCUCUUGUACAACGGUGUACUAGUUGAGGAUUUUGACACUCCUGAGGCCCUGAAGGCAACUGGUGGAAGCAUGCUCAUGGAGCUCCUCUUUGUCCCUAUGUGGCCUACGAUCAAGUGUGAUUGA